CGAACCUGUCCAGGACGGUGCGCACGCUGCGCCUCCACCUGUAGAACUCCAGCCUCGCGCCAUACCGGACCACCCGCAGCAGGAAGACCAGGUCCCGCCAGAAGUACGGGAAGCAGAGACGCUGCAGCGCGUGCGCGCAGACCAGACCGGAGACUGCAGCGGACAGCCAGCCCAGAGACAGAGCCAUGGUGUCUACGGCGCUGCCGCACUCUUCACUGACUGCACACAAGCACGCACGCGACAUCAAAACACGGCUCCACCUGCCAGGUGCACCGGAACACAAGUUCCUUCAAAAUAAAAGAGGCUGGGUUGAGAUAAAGCAUCAAAGCCGGUUCAUACUUCACAUUCCAAGCGAAGAGCGGGACAAUGCUAUCCGGGUCUGCUUCCAGAUCGAGUUGGCCCAUUGGUUCUACUUGGACUUCUGCUUGCAGAACACACCAGGAGCGCCUCAUUGUGGCAUCAGAGACUUUGCAAAGGCUGUUUUUCAUCACUGCCCUUUCUUGUUGCCUCAUGGAGAGGAGGUGCAGAAAGUGCUGGAGCAGUGGAAAGAGUACAAGAUGGGAGUACCAACGUAUGGAGCGAUAAUUCUGGAUGAAUCCCUGGAAAAUGUCCUGCUCGUUCAGGGAUACCUGGCAAAGUCUGGAUGGGGAUUUCCAAAGGGAAAGGUCAACGAGGGCGAAGCUCCCCAUGACUGUGCCGUUCGUGAAGUUUUGGAAGAGACGGGUUUUGACAUAAAAAAACGUAUUUGCAAAGACGUUUACAUUGAACAGAAAAUUACAGACCAGUUGGUUCGGCUUUAUAUUAUACCAGGAGUGUCGAAGGAUACAAAGUUCAACCCCAAAACAAGAAAAGAAAUCAGGAAUAUUGAAUGGUUUUCUAUCGAGAAGCUGCCUUCUCACCGGAAUGAUAUGACCCCAAAGUCUAAACUUGGACUUGCCCCUAACAGGUUUUUCAUGGCAAUCCCAUUUAUCAGACCACUGCGGGACUGGAUCAGCAAAAGUGAGGGUGAGAUGACGGAGGGGGACGAAGAUGUGGUUAGUAACCGAAACCUCCACUGCAAACCGUCGGAGAGCCUUCGGGCAAAAUUUCGCCAUUCUGCGAGCACAGAAGCCAUUGCUGGGGAUAUCCAUCCAAAACAGAAGCAGCAAAAGAAUCUGGGAUACACGGGCCAAUAUGAGCUAAAUCAGAAAGAUGAUAAAAAGCCUCAAUCUAGAAGACUGCAAGACAUUUCUACUGAAGCUGUGGCUCCAGGCCCUUCCAGCUGCCAUCUUACAGUUGAAGACAAAGACUUUGCUCUUUCCAUGUCGUCAAAGGCUUUUCUGAAUUUCAAAUUUGACCGAGAUGCCAUCAUGAAGUGUUUUGACUUCUGAACCACAUUGUCUGUUUUAUCCGGGUUUGCCUUUAAACCUUGCAGUCUGUUGUUGGAUAUUAUGCUCUUUCAUAAGCUGCUGCUUCCUUUUACAAGCCAAAUCUUCAUCAUCACUGCUUACUAAACUGUCAGUCUUUUGUAAACAGAGUAAAGAUCACUUGAUCUGUUGUGCUUUUUCAGAUUUCAGCCUUUUGUCUUAUAGAUAAUGAGAGAAACAAAGACUGAGCAAUAAGAUCUAAAUCUGUAAAACCUGAUGAAUUUGAACUAUUUAGCUCUGUAAAGAUAUGAAACUGCAACAAAGAUUGUAAGAUUUUUUUUAUAUUCAGCAACUAAACUGAUGCUGAAUAUAUUUUGAAAUAUUUAGAAUUUUGUAGUGGUUUUUAGCUAAACUUUUGCAGCUUUUAUUAGGGUUUAAUAAUUACUGUGGUUGAAAACAAUUUCAUUUUGAAAAGUAGAACAAAGGCAUGUUAAUUCAUGGUUUAGAAGGAAAAGAGCGACUUGUGUUUGCUUUUCUUCAAUCAUGUCAGUUGUUCAUGGAAUAACUGUUUUAUCAUGGAAUAACUGUUUCAUACAUGUAAAGUUCUGUUCAGUCUUCAUCUCAUCGUUGGUUUUUCUUCUAGCAGCCAAACUUUCUUUUAAUGAUUUGUAUUUUACGUCAGUAGUUACGAUUUAGGACGUUUUAACGUUUUUCUUGGGUUAUUGUCUGUUUUCCCCUGUUACUUAGUUUUUGGUCUCAUUCUUUUAACAGAUGUCCACAGACAGUAAACAUGUUUCAAACACUGAAUCUUGAGCUAUGAGUCGAGGAGAAAACGUCUAAUUCUGAAGAACCACUUUGUUUUAUAUUGGCUAGAUUUGCUUCUUCUGCUGUCCAGUUAGCUCACAGUUAACUCAUAAUUAAAUAUGUUGUAUUGAUAUUGACAUUUUAAGUCUACAGUGCUUCAGGAUUCAUAAUAUUUUUUAUAAAUGAAACAAAAACAUUCAUCAGAUUCAUGUGUACAAACUGUUCUGUAAGUGGCUGUUGGAAACAAAAUAAAUUCUAACCUGUGAUAGCUA